AUGGAUGAAAGAGAUGAACCUGAAUUUAGUGAGCUUGGUGAUGUUGGCAUUGAAGUGGAAGUUGUCGAUGUGCUUUUGGACGAGACCGGCCGGACAGCUCGCUGGCAGUGUCGGACGGAGACCCUCCUUGGAGUUCAACAUGAUUUGAAAGUCCAUCUUGAUGUGAGGAUACUCUGUGUAGGGACGCGAGUACUCGCCGUUGAUGACGCGAAUCAACAGCUCCCAAAACACAAUGCCUAUACUGUAGAUGUCGGAUUUCGUUGUAUAGGGCGAGCCGGUGCCGUUGGCAACCUCGGGCGAGCAGUACGCGAAUGUUCCACGAAUCUUGGAGAGUGUCUCUAA